GCCCAGGUAAACCGUUCGGCAUGGAUCCCAACACGACUCUUUAUACCUUCAUGCUGCGAACACCCCCUUCGGUUAAAACUGUCAACUUGAUUGGAUCCUGGGACAACUUCACUAGAGGCUAUACAAUGGAACGCGACAGCCGACGAGACCGCGGCCAAUGGAAAGGUUGCUAUGCCUUCAAGGACAUCACUUGCGAAGGUGACGCCGGCAGCGUCCCAAAGCGGAACGGAGGGCUCAAGAUGGGCCACACAUACUAUUAUUACUAUGAACUGGAUGGAGCCUGCGAGACACAUGACCCAUCGCAGCCAUCAACAAAUACCUGCCCAUAUCUUCCUGGCCAGACCGUCAACACGCUCUACAUCCCCGUCGAACAAUCAGGCCGGAAGCGGAGCGCGUCCAUGACCUCGCUGAACGAGGCCGACUUCAAGACGAUGGACCCGACGAGCAAGUUCGUAACCCCGCGGCCAGCGCCGACGCCUCCGGAGCCGGUCCGCCGGCUGGGGUCUGCGCCCCUCUGGAUGCAGCAGCACCAAAAACGCCCGUCCAGGUCACCUUCACCAAGCUCGCGCUGGCACUUCUCGACAGCUCGGAAGCUCUUCAGCCGCAAGCCGAGCUCAUGCUCGCUUAGGGAUGUCAUCACUCAGGCUCCGCAGGCCGAAGACGAGAGGAGCCUCAGGUCGGAGGGGAACCGGUCAAGGGACAUGUCACCCGAGUCGCUGCGCAGAUUUCUGGUGGACGACGCCGCUCCCGCGGAGGCCGAACACGAGGACAACAGCCGGCCGGCGAUCGAUAUCCCGGAGGACAUUGCCGAAGAGAACGAGGACGACGACAACUUUGCCACUUCGGCCGUCUCGGAAACCAUGCCGUUCACCGGCCUAUCACCUCCCCCGCCGCGGUCUCUCUCCCCUGCGGGGUCCACCAUCUCAACCCUGAACAAGAAAAAGGAGGAGGCUGUGCCGCCCGGAGCCCAGAACUCGCACACGGCCGUUCCAUCCGCGCCAACACGCCAGCCACCGCUCCUGCCGACCAUCUCGACCGCCCGAGCCUACGUGCCCCACCCCGGCGAGUUCCCUCUCUCGGCCUUGGCCUGCCAGCCCUUCCCGGACUCCCCCGACUCCGGCUCCCCGCCCGGCUUCUGCCUCUCCGAAGCGGAGGAGGAGGAGGAGGAGGAGGAGGACCUCGACGUGGACAUGGACAUGGACAUGGCCGAGAAAGGCCGCGACGGCGCCCUCGCCUCCUCCACUGCUGGCGCUGUUGGUCAUCCCAAGAGCCCCCUUGUCGCGCGAAACAUCGCCGCCACCCUGUCGACGUACUCGCUCCCGCGCACUGCGGGCACGGAUGCGGGCAAGCUGGUCGCGGCGGUCGGUGGUACCGGCAGCACCGGCACCGGCACCGGCACCGGCGAUGCCACCACCACCACCACCAACAUUCCACCCGUCUCCUCGAACGACGAACGGUUGGCAUCGUCUACUGCUGCCGACGCGGUAUCUGGCCCCUUGCUGCUUACGAGCCCAAUCCCGGAUGCCGGGCUGGAGGAUCUAGUCACCGAGUUGGGCUGGAUGGUGGAGACUAUUGGGCGGUUUUGACCAACCCUAGUUUCCAGUUCCAUCCUUUUCAUCUUUUUAUUUUUUUUCUGGGUUUCUAUUCACCCUGGAUCUGGCUUCUCUAUGUUCUUGGAGUUCACGCAAGCGGGAUACAGGACUGCUUAAAAAAUUAGAUUCCCACUGGCCUUGCUGGGUUAGGCGUUUUUGGGUUAUUGCAUACAUUGAGCGAGGGGCCUAGGGCGCGGAUUUGGAUAGAUACCUUGGCCCUUUUGAUUGUAUCAUAUGUUAUACUCUGGUGGCUUAUAUUAGUGGGGAAGGAAUGGGCCGGAGCUGACUUGCUUUGGGGACCAUGUGGGAGGAGGGAGGAUCAUGUAUUUUGGAUUGGGAAAACUGGCUCGGCUCUGGCCAAGAUGACCUGGUGGGAAAGGGGUGACAACGGUGGAGGAUAACUAAUGAGAAUGAAGAGGGAUGAGUGUCAUGGGUGAAUGUGAUGGUUGCUUCGGUGAUGAUUGCCCCGCAAUCGGGUGGUUGGAAAACAACAAGAGAGAAGAAAGGAUGAGGGGAUGUUCAAUGCGCUGGAUCUCCGGACACUCUGUGUCCGGUGAUAGAGCCUGCUCGAAUCGAACUCUUGACGCCCCG